AAAGAGAGACUCAGGAGAUUAGCAUUCAGUUCACAUGGAACAGCGAAGCUGCGAAUUCAGCCGGAAAAAAUUAUUCGAAAGCGUGUAUAUUUACAAUAUAAUGUACUCAAUAGAAAAUAAAAAAUAAUUUUUGUGAAAUAUUGUUCUAAAUUCUGAGUGCGAUUUGAAAAAAGAACUUUGAUGUUGAUUCACAAAUAUAUAAUAUUAAAAAAAAAAUACUUUAUGUAUGACCAAACCGCUAAGAAAAAAUGUGCAAGAAACCACUUGUUUUAAAGUCACAAACUUUUCGUUGGAACAACAUUUUUUAUAUCACAGUGUGUCCAAUAACGCGACCGCCAAAUUCAUAAUAUUUAUCCAGAAUAAAAAAAAUACGAAUACCUCGGAGAAGCAACCCAUUUAAACAACAUUUAAUUAUUUAUAAAUAAGUUUUUGGAAAAUAUUAUUUAACUUGUUACUCAUAUCUACACGAUUUUUUAGAAAUUGUUAAUAAGAUGUAAGGAAUGUUGCUACAAAUAAAUACUGUUGAAUAGAAAGUGUGAAAAGUAUAAGGAAUGUUUCACAACACCCUUGCAACUGGAUUUGGUCAUAAUUUGUAUACUCUUGCAAAAUUUUGCUUCAGAGUAUAAAAGUUUUGUUCACCUAACGGUGGUUUGUAUUACCCAAAAGCUAAUCGAGUUACAUAUAGGGUUGUGUAUACAUAUAUAAAUGAUAAUAAUGAAGAUAUGAGUUGAAAUCCGGGUGACUGUCUGUCCGUCCGUCUGUACAAUCUGUUACUUGAGUAAAAAUUAAACUAUCUGUUUCAUGUUUCUCGACACCGUGAGACGGUUGGUAUUGUAGAUGGUUGUAAUCGCACUAUUGCCACGCCCACUAAACGCCGUUAGUCGAAAACCAAUAUUUUCGCACCCUCUCGACGGCGCGAAAAUUGGUAAAAUCGUGUGAUAACACCGUCCACCGUCAGCCCACUUUUAGUUGAAAACCCAUAUCUCAAGAUUAACUUGAUUCAACCUGAUCCUGACAUGCGUAUAUUACAGUGUAAAAAUGAAUGAAUGAUAUCCAUAUAACAACAAUUUAACUGCCAUCUGAUUUUUUGACUUUUCAGUUUACAAAUCAAGCAAUAAAUAAUAUAUAGAAAUAUAACUUUGCAAAAAGAGUGCCUUCCCGAUAUGCCAUCUCAAGUGUUAAAAUUGUUAAAAUCUGGCCAUAAUUGUUCAAGUACCCAUAUACCGAAGAUGUGGACCCAAGUGUCAAGGGUUGACUUUUUACCGAAAUUAUUGUUCAAUGUAUGAGAUAUAUAAUUGGAAAUUGGAGAGUACCCUUUACUGAUAAUAUUAUGUCUGUAUGUCAAAAAUUUAUUGCAUCGGAUCAAUACUAUUCCUAACCCCCAUAUACCUGCCUAUACUUGUUCCUAUUGUUUAUAUUUUAUUAAUAUGGUAUGUGAGUUAUCUUAUUAAAUUGAGCGGGCGUGAUUUUCUAAUAACGGUGCAUCUGUGAGCUUAAAAUGGAUUAUAUCGGGUGAAGACUUACCCUAGCCCCCAUAUAACUAAUACCAGGAUAUUGAAACAUCCUGUUGACCUUACGUGUUAUAUACUCGUAUUGGUGAUGGUAUGUGAGGUACCUGAAUGAAACACAGAGAAUGUCUCUUUCUUUAAUAAUAAUAUGUAGUAAUGCCAAAAAUAGAUAAAAUCUACCCUAAAAUCUAUAGUACCCCUAUCUUCCAUGGCUUUAUACCGUAUAUAUUUAUCCAUGAGUAAGAUAUCUUAUCAAAAUUAACUGAAAAUAUAGUAUUGGAUAUAUUAUACUACAGAUUAACGCGGAAAAUAUGUGAAAUUGGUCCACAAAUUAACCAAACUCCGCUAAAAACAUUUCUUAAACCUCCGUAAUAAUUUUGAUUGUAUAAUUAAUAAACAGGUGAUUGCCAUUUUCAGAAAAAAAUUCAUCUUAAGCAUUCUUAACUUAUUUUAGUUUAUUGUACAAUAAUAUAAAUAUUAACGGAUAUUCCUUUAAAAUCUUCAACUGAUAAUAUUUCUAUAUCUAAAAAAUUUUUUUUUUAAUAAAAUUUAUAACAGAUAGCAACCUUCUAACAUUUUUAUAGGCUGUGUAAUUCCGACUACGAAUGAUAAGGCUUUGUUUAUCAAAAGUCACUGAGCAACAAAUGGUUUCUGUACAAAUAAUCGAGAGAGGAGGAAAAUUCUUACUAACUCACUUGCACAAACAAAUUCUAUGAGUAGAAUACAGAUACUCAACAAAUUGUCGUACAAAUAUUACUAGAUUUACAGUAAAUAUUGGUUGGAAAUAACGGACAUUUUUUUCUUUUUAAGUCAGAUUUACACAACCUGUUUAAUAUUGCGCAUAACUAAGAUGGACAAACCACUCUUGUAUCUGGACUACCGAUUGGUUAUUUUACUAACUGGAGUAGUAUGCGCUUUCGAAGUAGAUCAGCCGUUCGCCAUAUAUAUGCACGUCAGAAAAACUCUUGACGAUUCCGUGCGAAUCGCCAAAUCAUGUGAAAGAAAGAUGUCUAUUAUAGAUAGUGUUCUGACAAUCAGGGGCAAGCAACCGAAAUUGAAUUUUAUUUCAGUUGCAAAAGUAGACAACUUGGAGAAACGAGUGAACUCUUGUGGUUUUAAACAGAAUGAAUUGGAGAAUAUGAUACAAAGCAUGACCACGAGAUCCAAGGAAACCAUGGAUGAAUUAAAACAAAGUGUGUCGAAAAUGAUGUCAACAGUGGCGGAUUUAGCAUCCAAAAAUGAACGCGGGUGACUUUUAUCAAAGACGAUGUGCUAAAAUACUCGAAAGUUAUAAUAACUUAAUGUUUUAUGUAUUUGUGACUCUGAAAGUAAAGUUGAAGAAUAUGUAAUAUAAUGAAUAAAAAUAAUUUAUUUUCCCAACAAUACACGAA